CUGUAAAUAAAUAAAUAAAAUAAAUCAUACUUUGUGAUUCUAUUUAAAGCGGAACCCCUCACUACUCGGGAGAACGCCCUCCGCCAUGACGUCACUCUUCUCGGCUCUUCUGGACUCAGCUGAAGAAGAUGGCGACUUCCUCAGGAGUUAAAAUUCCUCGCAAUUUUCGCUUGUUGGAAGAGCUGGACGAUGGUCAAAAGGGCGACGGUGAUGGCACAGUGAGCUGGGGCCUGGAGAAUGACGAGGACAUGACCUUCACGCUGUGGACCGCCAUGAUCAUCGGACCUGCGAGAGUGGACUCACGUAGCAUACCAGUGUUAGCAAAAUGGCAGAAUUCUUAUACCAUAAAAAUUGUUCUUCAAGAGUUAAGGCGUCUAAUGAUGUCCAAAGAAAAUAUGAAGCUUCCUCAACCUCCAGAAGGACAAACCUACAGCACUUAAUCAUAAUGGAUUGUUUUGAUCCUGUGUUUUAAAAACCUUACUUAGAAAUAUAAUGUCCAAAAAAACAACCAAGAAAAUCAAGAGGCUCACCUUGCACACAAAAAAUGUUGUCUGCAAGAGCAGGAUUGGACUUCAUUACCUGGCUCUUUCAAAAUAAAGCAACCUUGCUUUUCAGUAGGGAGUAUCUACAACAAGAGCAAUUAUGCAGCGUUCAUUUUAACAGCUAUUAUGUGUGAGCCAGCCUGAGUGGGCUUGAUGGGGGUGGAGCAUGACGCCACACACACUGGUAGCAUUGUGUACACCAGAGGGGGCAUGAUGUGUAACUUCUUUAAUUAAAGUCACAAAAGAAGAAGCCAACUUUCUUUUCUUUUUUUUUUUUUUUUUAAACAUACAGGCCGCUCGGUAAUAAAGAACUGUGGCUCUGUAGUCUAAAAGUGUCACAAGGGGAGAUUUUUUUUUUUAAUCUAUAUAUGUAUUUGACACAAUACCAAUGUUUCUGUUCUCAAGCUCUUUGACAUGUAACAGACAUUGAAGCCUGUUCUGCUCUGGAAAAAAAAUAAAGAAGAAAAAACCCUUGCAUUUAGCAUCUA